AUGGUAAACAGAAAUGGCAUUUCACCUUCACAUAUCUUUUUUGCUGAUGACAUAUUCUUAUUUUGUAAUUGGGAUAAGAGGAACACAGAUAAACUCCUGAAACUUUUGAAGGAUUAUCAACAAUCAUCAGGUCAAAUAGUGAGUAUGGAGAAAAGCAAAUGCUUUGAGGGAGGCACAACAGAUAGCAGGAAACUCCAGAAUGCAAAUAAUUGUGGUAUGUCACUCUCAAAAUUUCCAGAUAAGUACUUGGGUGUCAAUCUAAUACCUGGAAAGAUUAAAUCAUCAUAUGUAUGGGGGUAUGUGGAUUUCUUACAAAGCAAGGUUCCUGGUUGGAUGGGGGAUCCAUCAAAAAAGAAACUAUUGACAGUUAAAUGGGAAGAAGUAAAUUCUCCAUUGGCAGAAGGAGGUCUGGGAUUGAGAAGCUUGGAAGACAUAAACAAAUCUCUACUAAUGAAGCUGGCAUGGAAGAUGCAGAAUGAUGUGGAUGAAUGGGUUAAAUUCUUUCAAGCUAAAUUUCAAGACAAAAAUGGUAGUUGGAUUAAUUAUUAUAAGAAAUCUUCAAUAUGGAUUGGUAUCAGAUGGGUGAUGGAUGAAGUCUUUAAUAACUCAAGGUGGAUUGUGGGUGAUGGGAAAAGCAUCUCAGUAUGA